ACAAACUGCAAUAAUCCUAGUCAUGAUCAGAGUGCAGAUGCUUCUUUACAUCAUCUUCAAAAUCAAAGAAGUCCCGUGGGAAAUUUAUGUUCUGUAUGUGGGAAAUGUUUUCUUAAGAAAUCACAUCUGUGUAACUAUCUAAAAAUUCAUACAGGAGAAAAUACAUUUUCCUGUACUAUAUGUGGGAAAUGUUUUAACCAUAAAAAAAAUCUUGUUGCUCAUCAGAAAAUUCAUGCAGGAGAAAAAAGAUUUUCAUGUUCUGACUGUGGGAAAUGUUUUACUUGGAAAUCAAAUCUUAUUACGCAUCAGAAAAUUCAUACAGGAGAGAAAGGAUUUUCAUGUUCUGACUGUGGGAAAUGUUUUAAUCAGAAAUCAAAUCUUAUUACGCAUCAGAAAAUUCAUACAGGGGAAAAAGGAUUUCCGUGUUUUGACUGUGGGAAAUGUUUUACUCUGAAACAAUAUUUUAUCAUGCAUCAAAAAAUUCAUACAGGCGAGAAAGCAUUUUCAUGUUCUGACUGUGGAAAAUGUUUUACUUCGAAAUCAAAUCUUAUUACCCAUCAGAAAUUUCAUUCAGGGGAGAAAGCAUUUUCAUGUUCUGACUGUGAAAAAUGUUUUACUCAGAAAUCCGAUCUUAUGAGGCAUCAGAAAAUUCAUACAGGAGAGAAAGCAUUUUCAUGUUCUGACUGUGAAAAAUGUUUUACUCAGAAAUCCGAUCUUAUGAGGCAUCAGAAAAUUCAUACAGGAGAGAAAGCAUUUUCAUGUUCUAAAUGUGGGAAAUGUUUUACUCAGAAAUCACAUCUUAUGAGGCAUCAGAAAACUCAUAUUAAAAGAUAUCAGAGUUUAAGCUCCUAAGUGCAGAAGGUGAUACAUAGUUGUCACACACUCAAUACCAAGUGCUGAUGAUGACUGCAUGUGACCCCCUGGGGCAUGCAGUUUUGGAGC